AUGACCGGUCCAUCCAGCAUAACAGAUGAAUAUGACAUUGUGGAUCAUAAUGAAACCGCGUUGAGCCAUGAGGAAUUGGCAGAGAUACGCAACUGGCUUAAGCCCACCGACUACUUGGCUGAAUCUGGUGAAUUCCGCCGUCAUCUCUCAUCCCAAGCUCCCGGAACCGGUCUUUGGAUUUGCGAGACUGACGAGUAUAAGAAAUGGUACGACUCUUCAGAGCAUGGCAGCCUUUGGAUAAAGGGAGUAGCCGGCGCAGGGAAAAGCGUCAUAGCGGCUUCGGUGAUUAAUCAUUUACGCACAUCUGAAGACUGUCCUGUUCUAUUCAUGUUUUUUCGAAAUAUCGUCGCAGCCAAUUUCUCACCGCGUGCUCUUAUUCAAGAUUGGCUUGCUCAGCUUCUGCCCUACUCUCCUAAGCUACAGUUUUAUCUCCAGUCACGCCUAAAGACAAGCUUGGUAGAGACUCCGGACAGCGAACUAUUUCAACUUUUUCUCGAUGGAGUAUCAUCUGUGUCGAAAUGUUUCUGUGUUGCUGAUGCUCUGGACGAGAUGGAUGAGAUGACUCCUGGAAACAGGGCGCUUCUCGAAAGGCUUAAUAACUUGGCUACCUAUCGUCCUCACUCCUUGAAACUACUCGUCACCAGUAGGCCUAAGCAGUAUUUGCAAAGUGCCUUGAGAGACUCGUCGAUCGUUCACAUUAGCCUUCAGCAGCGUCUUGUGGAUGCUGAUAUAACAGCGUAUCUACACCAUCGUUUUGACAAGCUUCCUAAAACCGAUAAUACGCCGGAAAUUAAACAGCAGGUCAUUGAUAUGGUAGCAAAAAUGUCUCAAGGCUUAUUCCUGGUUGCAAAGCUUACGAUGGACCAAGUGGAAGCUUAUUUUCUCGCAGAUGGCUCAGUAGAUAUGUCUACUCUGGAAAAAACUCUCCCUGUGGGAUUGGAACAGACAUAUACUAGCCUUCUAGCGAAGCAGCGCCAAGAGAACGGAAUAAGUAUUGACACCCAGGUGUUUGUUCUUGAGGCGGUCACGCAUUCCUCACGCCCUCUGCGACUGAACGAGUUGGCAAGCUUAAUAAAAUCCAUUUGUCCAGAUAUCGAAGCGCCCUCGGGCUUCAAGAUACUGGUCGCCACCUGCUGCGCGCCCCUGAUAGAAAUUCUUGAAGACGAAACGCUACAGGUAAUUCAUCAUUCAUUCACCGAAUUUUUGCGUGGCGAAAUGCGCAGCCUGCAAAAAGUUGACCCGGUAACUGCAUUCCCGGUAAUUGAAUCUGGAAAGGCGCACAAGCAUAUGGCUAUGAAUUGUCUUCGAUACCUCCGAUCUGGCUCCUUGCUUCUUGAUGGCCUGAAAGAGGAAGAAGACCCCUUUAGAUAUAGGGAGGCCCGCUUGCGCCAUCCAUUUCUGAGUUAUGCCGUGGAGAACUGGUCAUAUCAUGCCAGCCUUUACGGCGACGUAGAAGAUGAGGAGCUGUUUAGCGCCGUCUUGGGUUUUGUUAGGCCGAAUGACAUAGCUUUUAGAAGGUGGCUUAUACUUCAAUGGGGGUCGACGUCGAAUAACAAAGAAAAGGCGGAAGGUUUGCCGACGGGACUUCACAUCGCUGCUUUCUCGGGCCUAUAUUAUCUCGCUCUCAAGUUAAUAGAGGAAGGCCUACAAGUGUCCGCAGUAGAUGCUCAAGAACGCAUCCCGUUACAUUGGGCAGCUGCCAAUGGACAUACGAAGCUUGUAUCAUUGCUGAUCCAGCAUGGGAGCGACCCGAAUGCGAUAGACGGGCGUGGCUUAAAGCCGAUCCAUCUCGCCGUCAAAUACGCCUCGGUGGUGAAAGUACUACUCGAAGCUGGCGUGGAACCUGACACGAUCAAAACAAAGGAAAACCACGCAGGACGUCUACUAGGAGGAGAGAAGAUCACAAAGGGAGAGUGUGCAAUCCUCUACGCUAUCCAAGGCGGAUACACGGAGACCAUCAUAACGAUGAUCCCAUUUUGCAAGCCGGAAACGUUAGAGCGUCUCCUAUGCGAAUGCUGUCGAUUCGGUCGAACGGAGUCUGUCUUGGCGAUUCUAGAAACCACGGAUGUCUCAGCAAAUGCGACGUACCGCGGGGCGACUGCUCUAUAUUUCGCAUGCAGUGCAGCCAACGCGAAAUGCGUCCAAGCCCUCAUAAACCGGGGAGCAGAUGUAACUCAAGUAUCAAAAUGGGCCCCUCGACGUACUCGUAACGGUGGGGCUUGGGUUGGAAGCACCGCAGAUGCCCCGAUACACUGCCUAGUGACGUCGUGGCGCGACGAUAAUGACUCGUCGUGUCAGGCUAUCCUAAGAAUGUUGUUAGAAGCAGGUGCCGAUCUUGAGCAGGUCGACAGCGAGAAGAAUACCGCUCUACUCCUUGCUGCUGGUGCCCCAUUGAGAAGUAGUUGGACCACACCUCGCGUGCUUGCCCUGAAAGCCUUGCUGGAAGCAGGAGCUGACCUGAACAAGACCCAUAUUCACGGAGAUACUCCCAUGAAUUUAGUUUUGCGCCUGAAUCGUGAUAUUAAGGCCAUACGACUUCUUCUAGAUGGCGGGGGCGAUCCAAAUAAAAAAGGGCGUCAUGGUCAAACAGUCCUACACUGUGUGCUUGACCAACCAGGCAUGGUAAAAGGGACCGAGGACACAGAAUCUAUUGUUAAGCUUCUGCUCGAGAACGGCGCCGAUCCGAAUGUUAAGGAUGAUCAUGGAUCAACGCCCGUAUAUAAAGCGAUGUCUGCCGGGCUCGAGGUCUUCCAAAUACUACUCGCAAGAUGCAACGACGACGCUGUCAAGGAGCGAUGUUGGUUCGGGUUAUCCUCCCAGUCCGGUAUUGAGAAGUUCGCGAAAUACCUCGAGCUGUUACUCACGGAAGGCAUUGAUAUCGACUCCAGAAAUGCAAUAAAUGGCCAGACUCUCUAUCUCUCCUGCCUUUCCUCCGAGGACAAGCUACGAAUACUCCGAGACCACGGCGCGAAAACAGACGUAGUCGAUAAGUUUGGUAACAAUUCUAUCCAUAUUAUUUGCCACGCAACUGAGUGCCUACGUGAUAGAAUAGAGAAGCGUAUUGCUACCGACGGAGUAGAUCCACUCAGUACCAACUACGCAGGGGACACUCUCAUCCAUCACAUUGCUUUAUGGUUCAAUGGCGAACAGCAUGUAGCCGACUUUUUACGCUGGAUUAUUAGUCUCGGGAUCCCCGUAAAUGCCGUGAACAACAAGGGCUCUACAGCUUUGCACGUCUACCAACAGAAGCUCGCCUACGGCAGUACCAUCCGCAGCAAGGACCGCGCCCAUUUUGUCGAAGUCAUCAACUAUCAGGGCCAAGUCGAUUUCGAAAUAAGAGACAACUAUGGCUUGACCGCCCUACAUAUAGCGUCUAUGAGGUCUGAGAAAAACCUGAGCUUGCUAAUCGAUUCCGGCGCCGACUUGAGCUUUUUGACGCACGAUGGGCAAAAUGCCCUUCAUAUCUCCUGUCGGGCCCGGAAGCCCGGAAUCGUCUGUCAGAUACUUCGGUUAGGAAUCAUCGACUUGAAUCAGAAAGACGUAUUCGGUAGGACGCCGCUUCAUUACGCAUGUAGCUCAGGAGAACCGGAGUCCGUGGCUUUUCUACUGAGGUACGGCGCCGAUAUACAGGUAGUAGACUCAAACGGGUGUACUCCUCUCCACGCCUGUGCCCAAUCUACAUUAGAGCAAAAAGUCUGGGACGCAUAUGAGCAGCGGUACGAAUGGCUAUGCAGCCCAGUCAGACGUCCCUUUCAGCCGUAUAUUUCCGGGCCCCAAACCCGGCGUCGGUAUCAGGAUAAUUAUGGCUCUGGGGCUAUUGGGACGAUCGUGAAAAUGCUUCUGGAUGCCAACUCUGAUGUUGCCGCGGUUGAUAAAUCUAAACUGACAGCGUUAGAUGCAGCCCUUGCAGCUGGUUGCGCCGAGUUUGUCGAGGUAUUUGCCAAGAAUGAGGCACUUUUCGAAAAAGCAACGAAAGGUUUAAAUAACAACAAGGACACUGCGGAGCGAUCAGAAAAGAUUCGACAAAAGAUGAGAGCCCACAUGGAGUUAAUACGACCAAGACCGAUUAAUCUAAAUGAGGAUAAAGAAGCCCUCGACGAAAUUAUUACGUCCCCUUCCACAAGCUUAGACCUUGUUACGAGCGAGGAUGCUGCACAGUUAAUUAAUAUCGGCUUUGAAACCAACCCGCUUGACUCCUCUUACUACCAGCUUCUGAAGGAACUCAUGAAACUUGGCUAUACGCAAGUUGCCGAACAGCUAUCUCGAGUAAUAUUGCAUUACAGUUCUUAUACGUCCCUUCGAGAGAAGAUCGAGAGAGAUCAAAAAGAUAAGGAACUCUACAUUGAUUCUGAAGCCAGAACUGCCCUACAAUUAGCAUGUCAGCAGUCUGAAUCGAAUAUGCUGAUGCUACAAUUCCUGAUCGAAAAGCUAUAUGUUGAUGUCAAUGCGCAAGGUGCACGCAUUAGUCCCGAGAGGUUUCAGGGCCUUGAUGAAGAGAUAAUUCCCACCGGGACCGCGCUUCAUUUACUUGCAUCGGCAGAUCAUAAUUGGCAGUUGGAGGGUAUGAAAUAUCUUCUUUCUCAUGGAGCUGAUGUAGACGCUCUAGACGAGGAAGGAAGAUCUGCUUUGCACGUCGCCGCCCGCGGUAAAAAGUACCAAGAUGACGACGUCCAAGGUUUUUGGAGGCUUGAUAUGGUACGAAUUCUUUUGGAUAACGGGGCCAGUCUAAAUAUCGUCGAUAAGAUGGGACUUUCGCCUCUCCACAAGGCCUCUGCCGCUCCAGACAUCAUGAAAGAGUUGCUUCGCAGAGGUGCAGAUCCGGCCAUCGGGGAUCGUAAUCCUGUAUUCCUAGCUAUAUACGACCAGAAUCUCUCAGCGCUAGAGACGCUUCUAGACCAUGGACUCAGCGUGGAUUUGCUCGACGAAAAGUACCCCAGCCGGAGGGUGAAUUACAAGCUCACAGAGCCUCGAAAGGUAUACGCGCUGCUGUGUGCGGCUUUUGCUGAGAAGUUGAACACGAGCGUCCGAAACUCGACACCCCUACUCAAAGCUCUCGUACGGCGAGGUGCUGAUUUAUAUUUGCCGCUGAACGAGAACGAAACUAUGGUUCAUUUUCUCUUUGAGUUUCCAGAGUACGAAGUCCCGAAUACACUUCUACGGGAGCCGUGCGUGUCCCGAAUCGACUUCAACCGCCGUGAUCAGCGUGGCCGGACGGUCUUGAUAGCCUCGUGCGACUGGCGUGAAAUUCUGCCUGGAUAUUCGUAUCGCCACUGGGAACCAAAACUACCAGGACCCCCGCUGCAGAUCCUGGAUCGUGGGGCUGAUGCGACACUGGUGGAUAACGAAGGAAAGACAGCGCUGCAUCAUCUCUUAGAGAAUCCAGGAAUUCCUGAUGACGUUCUUAUUCAAUUCAUCAAUCGUGAAGAAGUUGCUCCUACCCUAUUUCUGAAAGACAAUCGUGGGUUUUCGCCAUUUCACUACGCUUUGCGUAUCCUACGACCUAAGAUUUGCGACCUGUUGCUCUCUAAAGGCGCCAGUACAGACCCUGACCCAGACGGCCUCACGGUACUUCAUAAUAUAGCUUCUCAGUGUCUAGAAACGCGUCGCAAGCCGCUCGGCUCCGGACAUAUAGACACAAAGCUACCUAAGGACUAUUUUGACCAAUGCUUAGCUCUCUGGCAAAGAUUCAUAGCGUCAAUCAACGUAGCAGACAAUGAUGGUAACACUCCCCUUUUUGCAUAUCUAUUAUCUGGAGAUAGAGACCUUCGCAGCGAGAAUUCUGGAGAAUGCCAUCUGCCUCACUACGACAAGCUUUUCUCACCUGAUAGCCUUGUUGAUAUCUUCGCGGUAAACAAAGAGGCCGAGACGGCGUUGCAUGUGAUCGCUAGGAGAAAAAAGACAUACUAUACGGGAGAGGGACAUGAUAAGGCAAUGUUUGAGGCUUUCAUGGCUAAAGGGCUAGAUCCGUUGAAGGAGGAUGCUAAGGGGAGGAGCGCAUUAGAUGUUGCCAGCGUCUUUGAGAAAGAUGAUAUUAUCGCGAUCUUCGGAAGGAAGUAG